AUGUAUGACUACUUCCAAAUGUACACUAUACUUAUGAAAGGAACUAACAAUAACAGCCUAUUCGCCAUAACUGUCAUGCAUGUGCAAUUUGGUGAAUUUUUUCUAUGGUCCUCAGAGUCUGAGCGUCUUCUCCUCAUGAUCCUCAAAUGUUACAUCAAUCCAGUCAUAUCGAUCGUUGGUUUGGCUGCCAAUAGUCUAGGGAUGAUUAUCCUUUGGCGAAGUGGCCUCGACAAAGCUUCUAAUAUUCUUCUCUUCGGACUGACAAUAGCUGACAGCUGCUGCAUGUUUUUCACCAUCAACAUCGCCGAGAUGCUUCUCUUCUUCGACCCAAGUAAAAAGUUUAGAAAUGUUGCUGGCUGGCAGUACGAUCGCAGCACGGCGUUCGCACUCUACCUCUUGAGGUCAACGUUUUACUUUAUCGGUAACUGGGGAGCGUACGUCAACACUACAAUCCCAGCCAUAAUUACAUUUGAGAGGCUGGCUGCCAUAUUUUUACCCUUGACCUUUAAGAAAUACAUCACAGCCAAGUUUGCAGGGGUCAGUGUCGUAGCCUCGUUCUUGUUCUGGCUGCCAAUAUCUCUCGUGUAUGAAGAUCUGACUCCGUUUAACUAUGUGCCUAUUUCAAACGGUAGCCAAAUCGGAAUCUGGACCGUUUCAGAAUACUACUCACAAAGACUGGACAUCAUUAUUUUGAUGUUUAACUACAUCUUCGACUUUAUGUCCUCUUGGAUUCCGGUCGGAUUCAUUGGGGUAGGAUGUCUGGCUAUUUGGGUCAAGGUCAAAAUAACUAUAAAAAGACGAAGACGUCUGCAAGCCUCGUUCCAAGGUUUGAAGACAUCUACAAGAACGACUCGAACUCUUCUGGCCACGUGUUUAGUCUUCGCCACUACCCAUGCCCUGUAUUCCGUAUUGAUAUAUAUUUUUGACAUUGACUUUUUCCUGUACCAACAAAAUUUCCUGGUGUAUGAGCUGAUGCAUUUGAUCUAUGUCAUAAAUAACUCCAGCAAUUUUUUCGUCUACGUAGCGAUGGAUAACAAAUUAUGGAUCAUAUGCAAACACAUUAUUUUUAAGGAAACGUAUUAA